GAAUAUGUUCGUGUAAGGAUGUCGCCUGGAUAGUAUGUAGUAAUCGUAACAAAUUAGUCUUUUAAACAUGUAUUCCACUUUCUUCAUACUUCUGUCAUUCUUGGUGAUUUGCUUAUGCUAUGGGAGGGCGUUUAAUCAAGGUGAACGUUACGAGGAGCCAAGACUGAUUGGUAACUCUCUGGAGUUUGAGCGGCCGCGCUGUGUCCCAUCUGUUCUCAACUGUUAUAAACAUUUCCGAUAUCACUGUAAUCCUACUAGUAAGUCAUCAUAUUGUGGGGAUUGCUGGAAGAACUAUAAGGAAGUGAAUGGAAGAUGUAUAAAUAAAGAAGAUUUAUAUGAACCAGAGAGGAAGAUAGAAGAGAUAGCUAAGUCAGUCUUGGAGCCAGUGCCUGUGAAGGAUUCUACUGUGGAGAAAAAUGUAAAAGUUGACCAGAAGAAGUUACCAGAAGGUCAUGAACCAUCAGGAGAGAAGCAGCCAGCAGCCAAUACAACGACCCCCAAGACUGGCCCUGCCCCCCAUCCGUCCUCCCCAGCACAUCACAAACAGGGCCCACCUGGAGAGGCCAACGCACCCGGCUAUGGACAGGGAUUUAUCUUCAUCAUGUUAGUAGCAGGCUGCAGUUUAGCAGGUCUUGUGGGAUUGAUAUUGGCUGGAGUGUGCUGGUACAAAAUCCGUAAGAGCAGCAAGGCGGCCAGUGAGGUGGAUUACCCCGCAUAUGGGGUGACUGGCCCCCAGGGACGGGAACACGUCAUCUCCCCCGGGGACAGGAAGCUGGCCCAGAGUGCUCAGAUGUACCACUACCAGCACCAGAAACAACAGAUGAUUGCUAUGGAGAAGGCCAAUGGAGACAUGAAGCAUGAUGGCAGUGAGGAGGACAGUGAUGAAGAGAAUGAGGAGGGAGACUAUACUGUAUAUGAAUGCCCAGGGCUGGCUCCAACGGGUGAAAUGGAAGUGAAGAACCCCCUGUUUUCUGAGGAUGUAACCCCCACACCGGGAGACAAAGAUAAAGAAAAGGGCAAUGAAUAGACAGUGAUGUUUCACAGCAUUAGCCAGGACAAUCAGCAGGCACACAGAAAUAGCUAAUAUAUUAUUAUGUGUAUGCUGUAUGAUAUAUAUAAAUGUUCCUCGUUAGUGGGAGAAAAAGUUAAUAUAUUCAAAUUCAUAUCCAGAUGCUAUGAUGAUAGAUUUAAAGCCACAAAUGUCCUGAAGCGAUAUGUAGUUUAGUGAAAAUGUUUUAAUGGUACGACUCCCCUAAUUAAUAAAAUAAUGAGUUAUUUGUCUGCUAUAGGGUGGCAAACACAGCUGAUUGUUGACGAAUCACACUGAAAGCUGACUGUUCAGGUGUACAGGUAACCUCACAAAUGGUUUUUAGAAAGAACUAAUUUUAACUUGGUGCUGAGAAUAGAAGAUAAUUUUAAUGUGAUAAUUGGAUGACGAAGACACAACAUGGAAAGGUUGUAUUCCUCUCCUGGAGGAGCUGUGAUAGAAAUGAAAUAGUUUGCCACUGAAACUGCCCUUUCUUCCCAAUAAUUGUAUUUUAAGGUACUGCGUAGAAAAUGUCUUUAUUUUUUAUUUCACAGAGUAAAAAAAAACAAAGAUGAUAAAAAAAGGAUAAACGGUUCAAGCAGCUGGUGGAAGUGUUUGGAAGUAGUUGUUCAUCUUUCAUGUCAUGCCAACCUUUCAGUAGGGAAUGUGUAUCCCAAUCUAUUUUUCGUGGGAGUUUUGAUAAUAUUACCCAAGCUCUAAUGCCAAUUCUACAUGAAAAUACUUGGUCGCAACACAGUUUGAGAAAAAUUUUCAAAAAAUAUUUAUGCUUGCCAACAAUUUCUAGCCAUGUAAAUGAAAUCCAUAAAUGUAGCUAUAUUUUUAGCAUACACUGAAGUGCUGUAAGAUAAGAAAUAUUCCAAUUUUUUUAUGUGGGGCGUGAUAUCUGAUGAAAUAAUUUCUGUAUCAGAUAACUGGUCUUCUGCCAUUAUAUGUGAAGCGCACUGUCUAUUUCAACUCUGUGGUAAUCUGUCUGAAAAUCAACUUACCUAUACUUUUGGGUAAAAUAUCCUGACUUUAUUAAUACAGCAAUGCAUGUUUUAUAACUGCUUUAUAUCUGGCUUUGGUGACUGUUAUGUGUUCUGUUAUAUAUUAAGUUAUAAUACAGCUGAGGUGAUGAAAGAACAAGAACAACUUAGUGACAAAGAGGAGAGCUUUCAGUGCAGAUAUGUAUGGUUUUGAUGGAAAAUGGAGCUCAUUUUGGCAGACAGUUAUUUUCACCCUGUGUUUCAGAGGCUGAUAGAAACUCGCCUCUGCCACCAGGUUACUUACAUUACCAAUUCCUGGCUCAUUCAUUGUGGAUCUCUGAGACUUCGGGUGUAAACAAUUCACAGGUGCACUCUCUGUCUUCUCACUCCAUACACAGGGACAUGUUGUCAAGUAUGUUACACUGUAUACAUAUCUCACAGCUCUGUGUAAAGCAAGAGAGGUUUGUCUCUAAUUGUCUCUCCACUGUGAGAGCCUUCACCUUAUACAUUCCUGUGUUCUAGUCUUAUGUUGUGAGACUCCUCCAUUCACUUGGUAUCUCUUGUCUCUUUCUUGAUUUUUAUUCACCACAAUAAAAACCAACAGCUGAAAAUAUUAAGGUAGUUAAUUCCUAGUUUUAGACCAAAGAGACUCUAUUCUUUAUAAACUAAUAUAUAAUGAUUGUUGUUAUCAUAUUGUUUACCAGUAUUUAUUGUCAGAUAUAUUUGUUGAGUUUAUUAUAAAGAAUUUAUUUACUUUAAGCUUUAGUUAGGGUAUAUUCAGAUACCACUAUAGAUAACAAGCAUUGACAGAGUGGUUCAUACAGCGGUGUUGGUAUAAGCCAGAGACAAGCAGAAGACUGCAGACUUACAAUUCUGAGGCAUGUCUGUGCCUGGAGACCACAAACCAGUGUCUCUUCAACUCUGGGUCUACAGUGAUUUUACAGACCAUGUGUUAAUUUGAGUAUAAACGGGUAAGAAAUUCUGAAAUUAAGAAUGUUGAAGAACUGUGAUUGUGUAUAAGUUAUGCCUCCAAGAGUAAAACUCUUCAACCUACAGAAUUCACCAAAUAUUCUUUGGGAAGGUGAAAUUUUGUUACAUAUGGUCACAAGAUUGCACCAUAGUACUAACUUCUAUAACUAGUACAGAUAACCUCCAAAUAUUUUGGCUUGUCUCACAAAAGAACAUCUUAGUCACAAAAGGACUUGGCAUUUAAGCACAUGCAUUUGAAAAAGUCUGAACUUUGUAUAAUGGCCACUUUGUAAGCUGCUUUUAUCGUUCUCUGCUAUUGUGUUAUCUAUAAAUUGUUAGUUGAGGUCUGACUACUUAUUAGACUUGACAGUUCAGCUUGCAGUUGGAGCAUUGUUCAAGGGGUAAGAUCAGGAACUUCACUCCGCUGAAUAAUGCAGAUGUCAUGUUCCAGGAUAUUUACACCUUUAGUCAUGAAUAUUCUGCAGUUUCCAUUAUGGAAAUGAAGGCCAAUAUCAACUGUGUUCAUUGGUCUAACCACUACAGAAAUGUUUUCGUAAUCUGCGUGCCUGACCCUCGACUGCUCCAGUUGCCUGCUUGUGUCACAUGGAGAGCAGGUUUUGAACAUCCUUGGCUCGUACUCGCACACUGGCAUAUCUUUUGCAUUAAAGAUUAUUCUUAUCAACAGAUAUAAAUAAUCUUUAUUACAAAAUUAUUUUUAUCUAUGGAUAUUUAAUUUGUAACUUUGCUCAGCUGUUGCCUUGGUUAACUGUCAAAAGACCCUAUGCUGGAUUAAGACAGUUGUUUUUAAAAAUUGACAACAAUUGACAAAAGUUUGUCAGACCAACAGUAAUUUUAAAUAGUACUUAUUUAUUCUGGAAAUACAAAAAAUGACUUGGAAUAUACUUCAUACAGAAAUUGGUGUAUUUAAAAUUUGCGAGUACAAGCCUUGAGCAGAAAUGUGACAUCACAUGACCUGAACUGAAUUUAGCAUUUAUUGUUGUGAUUCUGUGUCGGUGUUCAAUAUGAAGAAAUUCAGGUGCAAUAAAAAUAAUUAACCCUUUACCACCUGUAGUGCCAUGGUGUGUGUUCACAUGGUGGGUGCAGGUCAGAAAGUCUUGGACAGAUGGAGUGAAGAAGGGUUAACAAUUCAUCAAGGGCCAGCUCUUGAAGAAAAUAUGGGUGAUAAAAUGAAUGGAGUUUCCCUAAAAAGUUUGGAGUAAUUUCUUUGUGUUGUAACAAGGUAUGUGUACAACAAGCUUAAGGUAUGUGUUCAAGUUGCUGAGACAACUGAUGUAUGAUAUAUGCGGCUGCAGGUUACCAUGGUGAUAGCACCCUGAGUUAGUCUAAUGAUAUACAUUAUGUAUUGUGUUCUGAGCUAAGAGAGAACCAAACCUUAAAGUUUUGAGGUUCAGGGUGUUGUGAGAAGGAUCGAACACAUAGAAAUGAUUAAGUUAUAAGCUAUCUAGUCACUGGGAGAAGGUAUGUGCAGAACCAGGGCUGUCUGACUGGAGUUUAGGCUGAAUAGUGGUCCAACUUUUACACCAAAUGUGAAGUCUGUAUCUGCCUAGUAAGAUGAAUCGGUAUUAGUCCAAGUAAAAUUUUGUGCCCAUCUAAUAAUUUGAUAAUUACAGGAAAGACGACUGUGACAGACCAAUGUUUUGCACUUUAAGUGGAUUACUGUGGGUUGAUCUUCAACUGAAGUAGAUCAAACAUUUGGUGUAAAAGUUUGGACCAGUUUUCAUACUGAAGUAUUUAAUAAAAACCUGUCCAGUGUGGGACUGUUCACUCCUGGCCAUGUUCUGAAGAUAAGAGUAAAUUCUGGCCUGGGUUACUUGUAACAAUGAGUAAAAAUGUAGGUUAAUAAAAUGUGGUGCAGGAAGUG